CGCUUGGGUACGAAUUCUCGGAUCACCACCUCGAGGCACCACAAUCCUCACAACGUCGCCCAGCAGCAGCAUGUCUUGGCAAGAGCAGCUCGCGACCAUCUCGUCCCUUGAAGAAAGAGAACUCUUCGCAGUCCUGCGGCGGUACGGCGCCUCUCGCGUCUUCUCCCCUAGUGCUGUGCAACGGCCAUGCACCCUUGUCCUCCGCGUCGUUCCGAGCGACCCAGAGUUCCCGUUCCGUCUGGAGAAUGGACUUGUCGUACACGUCCACGUGCCUCUCGCAUACCCGCAGGAACCAGCGGCAUUCUCCAUUGAAUGCGACAGCGUGCCCGGGUUCCAAGCCAAGUUUGCACACACAAUCGCGGCCCAUCUUCACGACCGCCAAGCGCUGUUUCCAGGGCAACUGGUGCUCCGAAAGACCCUCACCUGGCUAGACAACAACUUGAGACUGAUCAUUCAACCACCUCGUCCGAUCAAACAGCCACCUCCAGUCGAUGAUGUUGUCGACGACAACAUCCCAAUCAAAGCAGUUCCGUCGUCGAGCAGCGCCGCUACGUCUACAAUUGGCCCGACGUCUCCCGAGGAACCCCGUGUCGAUGUAGAGCCAGCUACGUCAAGUCUGACAUCGGCGAUGACGACGACCCCGCUUCGACGAUGUCGCUACUUUGCAGCCGGAACAUGCACCCAAGGUUCAGCUUGCCUGUUUGCCCACACUCUUCCUGUCAACCCACGUGUGAAACCAAUCGCAACCAAGGGCACACCACUGAAGAACAGCUACACGGCUACACCCACGGCUACGGCUACACCCACGGCUACGGCUACACCCACGGCUACACGUACCAAAAAACGAGGCAAGGCAGCGGCGGCUACCAACUCGACGGCUACCCCAGUUACGGCAUUGGCUACGACUAUGUCCCCCCAUAACCAAGUGUACGGUCCAGCGACUACGUCUCCAACCGAUCCAUUUCAAGCACAGUUGGACAACGCUUCACAGGUGGUGGUAGCCGCGGAUAGCCUCGGCCAACCAGUCGACAGCACCGCCAAGUCUGUGCGACGUCGUCGGGCUCGCCGUAAACAAAACGAUGACGUGUCACCACCUCCGAGUAUACUCGUGGACAAAGCCAAGUCGAUCCAGCCACCACCACUAGACAAGUCCGCCAAGGCCAGCUCGAAAAAACCCACACAGUUGUGUCGAUUCUUUGGCAGAGGCGACUGCAACCAAGGCGACGCCUGCCGCUUUACCCACGCCCCUUCGACCCCAGACAAGGCAACCACGUCUCUAGUUGCUGGGGAAGCGGAACGAGUGGUGGCGGAGGAUGAUCAUGAUAUAUCGCCUCCUUUUUCCGACGAGAAUCCUCCAGAAGACAAGAAUGUGUUGAGCCACAACAGCCCCCGUGCUGUUGGGGAUGCCGCCACUCUGUCACAGAAGGGGCCAUGGACAUCGUCUCAACAAGCUCAGCUGGACAUGGCGUUGAAAGCGUUUCCCCCUGGAUCGUUUGACAAGGCUAGAGAUCGAUGGCAUGCCAUUGCCGAGUGUGUGGACGGCCGCAGCUUGAAGGAGUGCGUUGGGCGGUUCAAGGUCUUAUCUGAAUACGUGAAAUCAUCAUCUUCUCCCACCACCAUAUCACCCCCACCAUAUCCAGUCGCCGUCGUGAAGUCCGAUAUACACGCGCCCAAAGUUAUCGGUAUAGCAGCGGCUCGGCGGCUGCUGCAUGUACCCGACUCCCCCCAUAUCCCCCCGGGCAAGGUACCAGCAGCAGCAGCAGCAUCGUCCGCCCCCUCUAGCAGUACGCUGGAGACUCAAACAGAUGACAACGAUUCAAACUCGGAGAGAGAUGACGAAGCCAGGGACGCCCGCCUCAUCCCUGCGUCGUUGCGCGUUAAGCUAGACCUGGAAGUGGACCCGAAAGCCAUCCACCUCCACCUGAAUGGCUUGUUCUUGCAUCAAGUGGACACGCUGCAACUGUAUGAGAUCAAAUGUGCGUUCCAGUGCGCCCAAUGUCCGCUAGCGUUUGACGCAGUGCUAUCCCUGACCAAACAUUCGAUCCGCCAAUGGUGUCGGCGGUGCAGUGUGCUUCAGACGGUGGACGUGCGCCCGGUGCUCAUGCACGCUGGCAACCAAAUGGCGAUGAAUUUGCACCUGAUCAACUGCACACUGGUCGACGUGAUGCCGCCCAGUGUCUUCUUGGCCGUGUGUUCGUCCUGUGCAGAGGAAGCGCUGAUGGCGAUAAUCCCCCGCAUUCGGUCAGAAGUGGCGUGUCGGCAGUGUCAUGUUAAAUUAGCCGUGGAAUGCAAAGCAUUUUCGAUCGUAAACCAAAGCACAGACCGCUACGUCGACCAUAGCCAGCCCAAAGCCAAGAAGAAACUCGUUCUAGAUGACGGUAUAGUCGUGGGCAGUCCUUUGCCCAACCAGGGCCGAUGCGCCCACUACGCCAAGUCAUUCCGGUGGUUUCGCUUUCAAUGCUGCGGAAAGGCGUACCCCUGCGACAAGUGCCACGCCGCAUCGGCGACGUGUCCAGAUGCAGACAAAGGCAUCUUUGCAAGUCGGUUUAUUUGCGGCCUCUGUUCCCGGGAACACCCGAGUCAGUUGAAAGAGUGUCCGUGCGGAAAUGUCGUGGGGGCUGCCAACACGAGCACCCACUGGGAAGGCGGCAAGGGGUGCCGCGACUUGGCGCGCAUGUCGAGCGCAGAUCCAAAGAAGUUUAGCGGCGUCUCGAAGACCAAGAGCAUGAAGUUCAAGCGCGUGGGCGCCGAAGCCAAGAAGCGAAGGGAGCAGCGCCAACAACAGCAACAUAGUGACAAGUAGAGAAGAAGAGUAUAUAUAGCAUUCCGUAUGGGUUGUCAGUGGACUGUACGUACAGUAGUAAAGAGAUAUUCUAUUUCUCGACUCAUAUUAUUAUACCAUACAUAGCAUAAGAG